AUGGCAGUCAUCACUUUGACCCUCCUGCUCUUUGCCCUCAGAGACUACCCACUCAUUAAAGAUGCUGUGUUUUGUAUUUCAGGGGCUGACGGCUCUCACAUCGUUGGGGGCAGAGAUGCAGCCCCGCACUCGCGCCCCUUCAUGGCUUCUCUGCAGGUGCGAGGGAGCCAUUUCUGUGGAGGAGCUUUGGUGAGGGAGGACUUUGUGCUCACAGCAGCACACUGCAACUUAAACACACAAUUUUCUGUUGUGGUGGGCCUUGAUACCCUGAGCGGCAAUGAGCAAACAAGGCAGGAGUUCCGCGUUGCCAGAGCCAUUCCACAUCCAAACUACAAUGACUUUGCAAAUGACAUCAUGCUCCUAAAGCUCAGCAGCAGAGCCCAGCUGAAUGAUGCCGUGCAGGUGAUCCCUCUGAAGCCGGGCAGGGUCAGAACACCCAGUAACUGCCUCAUACCUGGGUGGGGGGACAUAGGCGAUAACAACACCCUGGCCAACAGACUCCAGGAAGUCAACGUCACCAUCCUGUCGCGGAGGGCGUGUCAGCGGAGGUGGAGCGGCGUUCCCAUCCUCGGCUCAAUGAUCUGUGGCGUGGGGGUGGGAGACAGAGUCCCACAGGGCUUCUGCUCAGGAGACUCUGGGGGUCCGUUGGUGUGUGACGGAGCAGCAGCGGGGGUCGUCUCCUUUUCUGGACGUCGAUGUGGAGUCCCUUCUACCCCCGACGUCUACUCACGCGUUUCAUCUUUCAGGAGAUGGAUCACAAACGUGCUGAGCAACAAUUAG